AUGGAAGACGAUGACUUCGACAAUCCUUUGAGACCAGUCGAUUAUAAUGACCCUUUGGAUCGCCCACUAUCCGUGGACGCCGACUACAAAGCUAAGGAAGCCUUGAGCUUCGCCCAUCGUCACCCACUUCCGGCACCGGACGACCAUUACGGAUGGAGGGCGUUGGAGCAGGCUGAGCUUGCUCUAGGUCCCCAUCCAGUUCUAGCGAAACGUUUUCGUCCUGAGACCAAAGUUGCGCGGUAUUGGGUACCGGUUGCAGGCGGCUGGUCACACGGAUAUGCGGAGAUGGACGGCGAAGGCGCGGACUUCCUAGCAUCCGAGCUCCGCGCAGUGAUAUUCAACGUCGAGUAUCGACUCAUCCCUGAGUACCAGUGGCCUCAGAACCACAAUGACUGUUAUCAAGCUAUAGAUUGGGUAAUGGACCAUGCGAGGGAGUACGAUGUCGAUCCGGAGCGAGUUGGGCUUUGGGGCCAGUCUGCGGGCGCCCAUCUGGCUGCAGGGGCUGCUUUGAGGGAUGCGAUGGAGCAUAACCCAGGCCGCAUCAGACACAUGAACCUGACCGUGCCCGUCGUGUGCGACCCACGAAAGCCGCCAUUCCCGCUCAGCCAACAAAGGGAGACGAACUUGCCUCAGAUGCCUCAAGCCCUAGUAGCCCAGUUCCAGAAGGUUUUAACCGACUUGACGGGAAGCGACAAGCCGUGCGAUGACCCAUAUUUCUCCCCGCUUCUGCAAGAGAUCCCGGCACACCAUUGUCCCGUACAUAUCUCUGUCGCAGGCCUGGACAUGCUUCGGGACGGAGGGAUUGCUUAUGCGAUUCAGCUGCGUAAAUUUGGUAUUGAUGCGCAACUGCACGUCCUGCCGGGUGUGCCUCAUGCUUUCAGUGCGGUGAACGAAACACGUGGCGAAGCAGUAUUGGAGGGAUCAGGCAAGGUUGUUGAAUAUGGCACUAAACUUCGAUUGGAAGUUGCGGAAAACUAA